AUGGCCAUCGACUAUCGACAUGGGAUCUCGCUCUUAGAGAUUGUUGUCUACUCUCCAACCUUAUGCCUUGCUAUCUGGAUGUCAUUCCAUCAUGGGUUUAAAAGGAGCUCGUGCUGGUCCUUUUUAAACAUCUUUUCUUUGGUCCGCAUCGCUGGUUCAGCGUGCUACUUGGCCACGAUUCACUACCCUUCCAAUCUCAAUUUAUACAUCUCGUGGGCAGUGUGUACAUCACUCGGAUUUUCGCAAUUAAUAUUGGCUUGCCUUGGUCUUUUAUCACGAGCAAAUGAUUCCAUCAUGCGAAAGACGGCCAAUCCUCUCCCUGCGAUGAUCUUCCGGCUUCUUCAAAUAUCUGCACUAAUUGGAGUGACUCUGAGCAUCACCGGCACAACCAAAAACUUCAGUAUCUCCCAUAUGAUGGUCAACACAGAGACGAAGUUUGGGCUAAUUUUCUACAUCAUUUGCUGGAUCGGUGUAUUUGGACUGUUCCUCCCAAUUUUGCAACGAGCUCAAAGUAUUGAGGACGGAGAACAUCGCCUGCUCCUGGCGGUGGGAAUCUCUCUCCCGUUGAUCCUCGUGCGACUGAUCUACUCUCUCAUCUUUUCCUUCGGUCACAAGGCCGAAUUCGAUGCGAUGUCGGGAAAUAUUACAAUUCAGCUGGUGAUGUCCAUCCUUGAAGAGAUGUUGGUUGUUUUUGUGUGUCUGGGCAUCGGUUUCACACUUCAAGUACGACCGGCCACGGAGUAUACCCAGCAAAUCAAUGUCUAUGGUGAAGAACAUAGUGGAGCCAGAGAAUAG